CUGCUCUGUUGCACAUAACCCCUGCGACUAUAAAAUCGUGUUACAUUUCUUGUUGCCGAUCAGUUAGCUUUUAGCAGUAGUGUUAGGUCGUAAUAGAAUUACAGGCAGGCAGGAGCGCAGGAGAAUUUAUUUGAGAUCGCCGAUCCGUCUUUCUGUUUUUAAACUUAACUAAACUUCGGAUCUUCAUUGGUUUGUAACUGUUUUUCAAUUUAGACAUGGCCACUUACGCUGCAUACAGGCACAUCGAAUUGGAUAAAGUGGGACACAGUAAAAAGAGUUAUCAACUAGAUCUAGACAGAAGAUUAUCAAGCACACAAAACACAGAACAACUCUCACUCGAUGACCUGGUACAGCACAUGACAUCCCAGAUUAUGAACAGUACCAGGAGAACCAUAACAAAAUUGAAAACCACCAGAAACCCUAAAAUAUCCCCAAAAACACAACAGCUAAUGACCGAGAGACGUAAACUAGAGAGAAGCACACCACAAUAUAGAGAAAUUAAUAAAACAGUUAAUAAGGCCAUCCGUAAGGACACCAGCAGGAUUCAUAGCACAAAUAUGAUGAAAGAAUGUAUAGCACAAAAUUCCAACAUGAAAGUCCUUAGGAAGAACAGAGCCAAAAACAGGACUAAAAUUUACCAACUUAUGGAUUCUGAGGAUGUUACCCACCGCAACCCUGUAACUGGAAACGGAGUGGCCUCUUGGGAUUCUAAGCCAGCCAAACCUAAAACAAAAGUCCAUAAAGAACGUAAUCCCGUUACUGGUGAGACUUACUUGAUUGCUUCAACGGAAACUCCUACCAAACUGGACAAUAAUUCAACCAUCCAUAUCAAAAGUGAGGCGAAAAAUUAGAAAACAAAAUCGAUUUUGAUAAAUUAUUACGACAAAAGGCGAAAACAAAAAAAAAAUUGUAGAUUUUACUUUUAUAAUAGGUAAUAGGACUUCUAUGUUCAAUGAUUUGGAUUUCUUUCAGUUAGUUGUACUUAAUUAGAUAACGAAUUGUCGAAAAAUUUUCGUCAAUUUUUCUUUGUUUCCUUUUUUUUUAUAUAAUUAGAAAUAAUAUUUAUUUGUAUUAACCAAAAAUACUAUAAUUUUGUAAUCAAUUAAUAUAAAUAACGUUUUAAUGUGAGUACAUAUAAGCUUAUUUCUUUUGAAAUACAUAAUAUAUUUAGAGUGUUUUAAUAAUAA